AUGCACUUAUCGACAGCUUUCUUGGGUUUACUCCCCUUGAUUUCAGCAAUCCAACUUCCACAUAUCCCUACGCCUCAGGAAGCCUUGAACCUCGCCGACACCUUCGUGCAACAACAUCCAAGUACGUCUUUGGGAUUCGAUAAUGAUAUCCGACUGGAGAGUGUGGGGGACGAAUUUACUGUCCUUACCCAUAAGAAAUUCCCUGAGCACCGAGUCCGGAUCAAAUCCACCUCAGGAUGGUGCGAUCCGGAUGUACGAUCAUAUUCUGGCUAUCUCGACGUAGGGUAUGGUAAAGACCUCUUCUUCUACUUCUUCGAAUCGAGAUCAAAACCCAAAGAGGACCCCGUUGUCAUGUGGAUUAAUGGUGGCCCGGGUUGUUCAUCCGCUUUGGGACUAUUUAUGGAAUUAGGACCAUGUUCAGUAUCUGACGAUCCGAAAUCCGUCAACGACACCAAGGUCAAUCCUUACGCAUGGAACGACAAGGCGAAUGUAUUCUUCCUUGAUGAACCUAUCGGGGUGGGAUUCUCGCAAUCGGAGCAUGGCCAAACAGUGGGAACCACGGAAGCCGCUGCCAUCGAUGUUCAGGCUUUCAUAUCGAUCUUUUUCGAGACAUUCAAGGAAUUCGAAGGUAGAGCGUUCCACAUGGCCGGUGAAUCGUAUGGUGGCCGAUACCUUCCAGUUUUCGCUUCAGCAGUCGUGGACGGUAAUCGAAAGUUGAUCAAAGAAGGUAAAACACCUAUCAACUUGCAAAGUGUAAUGAUCGGUAAUGGGGUCACUGAUGAGUUCAGCACUAUGGAAUCUUACUUCCCUUUCCAAUGUACCUUGAACGGUGAUCUCACCGAACCAGUACAAAAUAUUGCUAGUUGCGUCCAAAUGGCUGAAAACUUACCCAGAUGUGCUCGGAUGACACAGAAGAACUGUGUUCAAUCACACGAUUAUACAUCUUGUGCUAUUGCCAUGAGCUACUGUCAGGACGUGUUAGAAAGUUCUUUCUGGAGUGCCGGUGUCAAUCCAUAUGACGUCUCGAUGCCUUGCUCGCCCAAAGAAUUGGGUGAUUCCCUUUGUUAUCCAAUAACCAAGAAGAUCCAAACGUAUCUUGAUUUACCUGACGUGCGGGAGACUCUCGGAGUCGAUCCCCACCGAGGCAAUUGGUCUUCAUGCGAUAACGACGUCGGCAUGCGUUUUAGUCUAUCCUUGGAUUCGACGGGUCAGACUUGGCUAUAUGUUGCAGGGUUGUUGGAGAGGGGUAUAAGAGUGUUGAACUACGUCGGUAUGCGCGAUUUCAUCUGUAACCAUGUUGCCAAUGAGAUGUGGAUGGAGAAACUUCAAUGGACUGGCGCAGAGGAGUACCAAAUGGCUCAAUGGUCAGAUUGGACCGUGGACGAUGAAGUAGCAGGAUUUUUUAAGACUUAUGGUAAUUUGAGCAUGCUCAAGAUCAGAGGUGCUGGUCACAUGGUACCGUACGAUAAACCCAAAGAAGCUCUUACAAUGUUGAACUCGUGGUUAGAAGCUGGUAAGAUUAGCGACGAUUAG